GAACCCUCGAAACAGCUUGGAGAAGACGAAGACGAAGACGGAAACAAUAUGGCCGGAACGGAGCUGGUCGACAGUGGCGGUGGCUCCGAAGAAACCGAGAGUGAGCAGGAAAGCUACGGUUCUUCCUCCUUCGUAUGGGAUGACAAUUCCAAGCUCUACUACCACGCCAGUAGUGGGUUCUACCAUGAUCCCAGUGCUGGUUGGUAUUACAGCAGUAGAGAUGGUCAUUAUUACACAUUUGAAGAUGGAAGAUAUGUGCCAUUAUCAUAUAGUGAGAAAGGCGAGGUAUCUGAAGUUGUUGAUGGUGCAACUUGUGCUUCUUUCCAUGAGGCUAGGGAUGAUGAGACAUUUAGGAUAGAUGAAAAUGCAUCUGCUGAUGGGAUUCAGAAUCCACCAUCUGAAUGGCUGGAAGAUACUCUUAUUGAUCUAUAUUUGUCUGGUUAUUCCAAUCUAGAUGCCCAUCCUACUUCCUCAUCAACUUCUUUGCAUACUGUGGAUACUUCAUGGGAGGAGGAGAACUGGCAAGCUCAGUAUGGUCAAGUUGUUAGAUCCGGUGAUGAGCAUCAACCAUCUUUUCCAGUUAUUGAUCUAUGGGAUUGGGAAAUCAUCAAAGAGCCGGCAAAGAAAAACAAUCCAGUGUACAAACUGAUUGGAAGAACUGCAAGAUGUUCCAAUAGGCUUCAUCCUUCUGUGCCUGCUGGAGGUGCUUUAAAAACUACCCCAAUUCGUGAGGUUCAUUUAGAUUUGGUGCGUGUUACUUCAGGAAAAGUUUACCGAUUGAGGAGUCCAAACAGAAGAUACUUGACUUCUUUAUCAUCAUAUGAUUCUUCCAACCCCACUAAAGAUUGGGGUUUCCCAGAUCUUUAUGACAAUUUGCAGAAUGGUAUAUCAGAUGCAUUAUCAUAUCCCAAUUGUCAACCUAAUCAUACAGAUGAAGUUUGUGAUAUCUGGUCUUCUAAGCUUGACAAUUUUCCAAACACACCAGAGAAGCACAAAAAUGUAACUUAUAAAGAUCGAGCUGCUGCAAGAAGGAUGUUACAUGGUGAUUUCAGUGUUGGUCCUGGACAAAAGGACGCUGAGAACAGAUCGUUUCAUGAACCAACCUCAUCGUCACAACAUGCUGAUCCAGAAGAUGCUGCAGCAGAAGCCAUAAAGUCAUCGUUUGGAAGUGGAAGUUAUGCCAGAAGAAUUCUGAAAAGCAUGGGAUGGACUGAUGGAGAAGCUUUAGGGAAUAGCAGAAAAGGUAUUUUGGAACCUCUUCGAGCUGUGGGUAACAAAGGUUAUGCAGGAUUGGGAUAGAAUACUCAUAUCAGAGAUGCUACAUUGUAGCAAACGGGGAUGAGAGAAAUUUUUUCUCGCGCUAUUAGAGAUGCUACAUUGGUGACAAAAGACGAAUACGCUCGCCCCCAGCGCUCCCGCCAACUAUCAGAGAUGCUACAUGGUCUUUAUCAAAGUUGUCUUCAUGAUCCAAUUAGUCUUCAUGUCAGAUAUUUGCAAAUCGUACCAAGUAUUUUAGACGACCUUUUAAGGGUGAGAUUUUCUUUUAAGAUGUACGUUCUUUCUGUAUUCUAGUGUAGAUAUUGUAAUUUCAAGACAUCCAACAAUCUCAGCAAUACAAGAUUGAAAUAAUUUAUAUAA